AUGAGCGAAAUAUCGCGGGUAAAAUCUCAAAUUGUUUCUCGAUUCUCGAUAGGUGGAUUUCAAAUUAGAAGCGACGCCAGCUUAUUUCUAGCCCAACAAAUCCUUUCGCUUGGCGAAGCAGAGCGUAAACAAUGGAUUACAAAUGUAGCAAAUCAUGUACAGAGUCAGUGCUUAAGUCUUCCAGUUGUGGAACAGAAACAUAUAGAACUCGCUAUCAAGGACGCAAACAACACUGGACUAGAUGAUACGGAGUCGUUAUUCAGAGUGAUUGACGCUUUCGACGUGCCUUCAUUUAAAUAUUGUGAAGAAAGGAAAAAGUUUCUUCCGGAUACUGGAAAAAAGAGUUUGCUGGCAACACCGGAUACCAAAUCCAGUUACAUACGCGAAAGGUAUUUACUGCUUUGGCAGAAAACUUGCCGUCAUGAAAUGUUUUCUCGACGCUUGGCGCUGGGAGUGGACGAGUCAGCAAAUAGCAACAAAAAGAUCCUGCGUAAAGUUGAAAAUCUGCUUUCAACGUCAUCGAUGGAUGAAGUAGUAUUACUAGGUCUGCUAACUCAACUUACUGAGGGUCGUUUUUAUCUAGAGGAUCUUACUGGGUCUGUACCGAUUGAUCUUAGUACGGCGUCCUACUCAACAGGACUGUUAUGCGAAGGAUGCUUCCUGCUUGCAUUCGGCAAUUACAGGGAAGGAAUUUUAAAGAUCGAUCAGAUCGGUUUUCCUCCUCAUGAACUGGCUUCGAGCAGUAGGUCGUUUUUUGGGUCCUACAACAGUUGGGGAGGACCAUCGAAAUCGCUUUUGAAAUAUUCCCGCAAUUUGGCCGAUUUGGAAAAAGCAAAUGUGGAUCAUAGUUUAGUAUUUCUUUCCGAUUGUUGGCUAGAUAAUGGGAUGGUAAUGGAAAAGUUGAGCCAACUAUUUAGAGGCUUUGACGAAUAUCCGCCUGUCGCAAUCAUUUUAAUGGGACCGUUCGCCCGAAUGAAUGAGAAUGUGUACACGAUAAAAAGUAGCUUUCAAAAGCUUGGUGAAAUGUUAUCUUCCUGUGAAAAGCUUAAAGCACAAACGGAUUUAGUGUUGGUGCCUUCCAUCGAUGACCCUGCAGCUGCCAAUAUUUUACCCCGUCCUCCGAUUCCGGAUGUCUUGGUUGGAGAGCUCAAGAAACGGUAUCCUAGGACGAUAGUGACAACAAAUCCUUGUCGUUUGCAAUACUGCACUCAGCAGAUCGUUGUAUGUCGCGCAGAUUUAGUAACUAAGUUAUGUCGAAAUACGAUCAAUUUUCCAAAACAAGGCCUGUUAGAGGAACACUUCGCUCGAACGCUCAUCAAUCAGGGCACCUUGGCUCCGCUUACACCAAUUGCAUUUCCAACGCAUUGGAACUACGAUGCCGCCCUGUCAAUUUAUCCUCUUCCGGAUUUGAUCGUGAUUGGCGAUCCUUGUCAAGGAUUUCACAUCACUGAACAAGAAUGUACUGUGAUGAACGUGGGAUCGUUUCCAAAAUCGAAAUUUGCAUUCAAAGUGUACUACCCAUCCACCAAAACAGUCGAAGAUUCACAACUACCUGACGAAGAAUGA